AUCUCAAAAUCCCCCCAGGACUAAAACCCUAUAAAUGUGAGGAAUGUGGCUUAUGCUUUAGUCAAAACUCAAACCUUUUUAAACAUCAGAGAAUCCACACUGGAGAGAAACCUCACCAGUGUCUGGAAUGUGGGAAAUUUUUCCGUGAAAAACCCACUCUCAGAAACCACGAGAGAAUCCACACAGGGGAGAAACCUUACAAGUGUUGGGAAUGUGGGAAGAGCUUUCCUCAGAGCUCAAGUCUUUGGAUCCAUAAGAAGACUCAUGCAGGGAUAAAAUCUUACAAAUGCUUUGAGUGUGGAAAAUGUUUCACUCGGAGUACGUCUCUCCAGAGUCAUUGGAAAAUACACACAGGGGAGAAAAAUGAAAAGUGCCUCGAAUGUGGGAAAAGUUUUACCUUCAAAUCAUCCUUGGUGUUGCAUCAGAGACUCCACACUGGAGAGAGACCCUAUGAAUGCCCAGAAUGUGAGAAACGAUUUGUGUAUUCUUCUCAACUUCAGAUACACCAGAAGAGGCACAAAGAGGAGAAACUGUAUAAAUGUGGGGAGUGUGGGAAAAGUUUUGUUACACGAAUAGAGCUUCAGGUUCAUGAGAGAAUCCACACAGGUGAGAAACCCUACAAAUGUGAGGAGUGUGGGAAAUGCUUCUCCCAAAGACAAAACCUUGGAACCCAUCAGAAGCUCCACACAGGAGAAAAGCUAUACAGAUGCAUAGAAUGUGGAAAAUCUUUUGCUUAUAAGCAAGUACUUUGGAGACACCAUAAAACCCACACAGGGGAGAAGCCAUAUCAGUGCAGUGAAUGUGGAAGAUUUUAUCGUACCUCAUCAGCCCUUACAAGUCAUGUGAAAAUUCACACAGGGGAAAAACAUUACAAAUGUUUAGACUGUGGGAAAGCAUUUUCUCGGUCAUCUCACUUUAGAAGUCACAGCCGAGUCCAUACAAGAGAGUAGCCUUACAAGUGUGUGAAAUCAUUUCAUUGCAAAUCAACAUUAAAAAUGCACCAGAAAGUCCAUACCAGAGAUAAGCCUGUUUAGUUAUGAGCAAUGUGAAAAUAUGUUUUUUUCAAUGUCACUUCUUAUAAGUGAAUAGAAGAGAAGAGAAUAACAGAAUUG